UAGAAUGCUCUCCAGGUACAUAUUUAAGCGAAAGAAAAUGCAUCCCCUGCCCAAAAGGACAGUUUCAACGGUUGACGGGACAAACAACAUGUGUAAAGUGCCCAUCUGGUCGCACAACUGAAAAUGUAGGGUCAGUUUAUCCGGAAGAGUGCUUGCAAACCAGAUUUGAAGUCACUACUGACAAAGGCUCGAACUCUGAUGCAUCUCUUUCAGAAAAAUACAUUGCAGUUAUAGUAUCUUCAUUAGUUACUGUAAUUGUUGGCGUCCCCGGAUUUUUAGGUUGCUACUGGAAGAUAAAGAAAAAUAGAGAAGAAGAGGAGAUAAACAGGAAAAAGAGAGAAGAAGAGGAGAUAAACAGGAAAAGUAGAGAAGAAGAGGAGAUAAACAGAAAUGACUUACAGCAGUCCAAUCCGAGAUACCAAAGGAUGAGUAUAUAA